ACUUCCUGUCGCUGUAAUUCCUCAUUGCUAACGGAGGCUUCCUAUCUUAGCCUAUCCAGCUAACUCCAAAAACAGAAAAAUAACCCACAACAAUAAUGUGCAUUAAAUUAACGUAUGAUAUUACGUUCCGGAAAUGUGAACGGACAGAGAUCGAAUACAUUUAAAGUCAAAGCGUUUCCGUUAGAUUCAUACAGUAUUGUAUGUUAUAAUGCUAGCUCAGGACUCUAGAGAUUUGUUUGAUGUCAUUUAGCUUGGAGUUUCGCCUUUUCUUUGUUCGUCGCUUAAAUGAAAUGUAAGGCCAGACUGUGACUCAACCACAAAAACGAAAAGUUUCUUUUUUGUAGAGCGAUAUCGAUUUGUGUUGACACCUGUUAGCUAGCGCGGCUAGCUAGCGCUCUCCACUGACUGAUUCUACUGGAAAUGGUUGACGCCCUCAUGUGCCCAUGGAGAAGGCGGCUUUCGAGAGGUGGCUGGAGUCGGUUUCCACCUCUUUCCUGGCGCUAAGCGACCAGCAGCGCAACCAAUCGCUGGACCACCUCAUCUCACUGAGCGGCGCUGCUCAGCUGCGACACCUGUCCAACGGGCUGGAAGCGCUGCUGAAGCGGGAUUUCCUCCGCCUGCUGCCGUUAGAGCUGGCAUUUUACCUGCUCCGCUGGCUGGACCCCCAGACCCUGCUCACCUGCUGUUUGGUGUGCAAGCAGUGGAAUAAGGUUAUCAAUACCUGUACAGAAGUGUGGCAGAGCGUGUGUCGAGACCUCGGCUGGCGCAUCGAUGAGUCCAUCCAGGAUGCGGGGCACUGGAAGGGUGUUUAUCUGAAGGCCAAACUGCGCAUGAAGCAGUUGAAUGAGGAGGAUGCGUUUGAGACUAGCUCUCUGAUUGGACACAGUGCUCGGGUAUAUGCUCUCUACUACCGGGAUGGGCUCCUCUGCACAGGUUCUGAUGACCUGUCAGCCAAACUAUGGGAUGUGCGUACAGGUCAGUGUGUCUAUGGCAUUCAGACCCACACUUGUGCCACUGUCAAAUUUGAUGAGCAAAAACUGGUAACAGGAUCUUUUGACAACACCAUUGCAUGCUGGGAAUGGAGCACUGGUGCCAAAAUCCAGCAAUUCCGAGGACAUACUGGGGCAGUAUUCAGCAUAGACUACAAUGAUGAGUUGGACACCCUGGUCAGCGGUUCAGCAGACUUCACUGUAAAAGUCUGGUCCCUGUCUGCAGGAACCUGUGUCAACACUCUUACUGGACACACAGAGUGGGUCACUAAGGUGCACCUUCAAAAAAGCCAAGUGGAGUCCAUGAUGCACAGUCCUGGUGACUACAUACUACUGAGUGUUGAUAAGUAUGAAAUAAAGGUGUGGCCUAUAGGGUGUGAGAUCAACUGUAAGUGCUUAAAGACCCUAUCCGUGUCAGAAGACCGCAGUGUCUGCUUGCAGCCACGAUUACAGUUCGACGGCCGGUACAUUGUCUGUUGUUCAGACCUGGGGAUAUAUCAGUGGGACUUUGCAAGUUUUGAUGUCAUCAGAGUUAUCAAACCACAGCAGGAACCCUCUAGCCUCUCUCUGCUUGGUUUCGGAGAUAUCUUCGCUCUGCUUUUUGAUAACCACCACCUCUAUGUAAUGGACUUGAGGACUGAGGUCAUCGUGGGCCGCUGGCCACUGCCAGCCUACCGCAAAUCCAAACGUGGCUCUAGUUUCUUACCGGGCGUCACCUCCUGGCUCAACGGACUGGACGGCAAGAACGAUUCGGGCCUGGUGUUCGCCACCAGCAUGCCCGACCAUAGCAUUCAUCUGGUUCUUUGGAGAGAGAACGGCUAGAAACACAGAGGUGGUGAAUACUAGCCCUGUGCUCUGAAAUCAGGCAAAACUUUUGUGAACACAACAAAAAGAAAAAAGGGUGCUCUCAAUUUGAGAAAAGAAAUGACAGCCAACCAAGUUAAGUAAUGCAUGGACCAAAGUGUUUCCACCCCUCUUUGCAUUUGUUUCCAUUCAGAUUAGGAAUUUACUCUCUCUUAUUCACUUGCAAACCACGCGCUUCUACUUGUUGCGAUUUCUAGAAAAGGAGACAUCUGAAGAUUUGUAGUACAGACCAUAGCUUCUCUCCAUUUUCCAGGUUUUCGAGAGAGUUCCUACUGACAUUCAGAUUUCAGCUCGUUUUGUUUUCACACCCUUGAGAGGUAGUGAAAUGCUACAGCACAUCUGAGCACAGAUCGCCUCACAGCAAGCAUGAGCAGUAGAGCUGGCUUGUUUAGUUUUUUUUCCUAGCACAAUCACCAAGAUUGACGAUGAAUUUUUUUGGGUUUUAACUUUUCAACGAAUUUGCUCUAUUUACAACAUCAGGAAUUUUCCUGUAGAUAGAGAAAUGUUGCCUUAAAUCUAUGAUUUCCUUUUGAAAGAAUUUCAAUUUGCAGACCUCUGUGUCUGUAGGCGCUGGCUUGCACCCCAAACAUCUGUGUUGGUCAUUUUUCUGAGUUUAAAAAAGAAAAAAAUACUCUUGAUAAAAUGCAGCCUGAAAUGGCUUUCAUAUGAAGGUCAUUCAGAGGUUGGAUCUUGCUGUUACUGACCCUUGUUUUUUGAUUCAGUUAAUUAUUCGUGCAUUUAUUUUAACACUUAACCCCUUUGCAUUUACAGUGUCACAUUCU